GCAAAAAUAAAUCCAAAACGAAGCGUUAUAAUUAGUAGCAAACAAAGUCUUUUCCUGGAAUUUGCUCCAAAUUUGCAACUCGAGUCUCCCACUGGCACUGUGGAAUUAACCCGUCUGAUUUUAUGCAACCAUGGGUAUUCAAUUCGCAAACUUUCAUUUUAAACUGUAGCGAUUAUAAAUUUACUGUAAGAAACAAAAAAUGUUGUUUCAGUUUGAGUAAAAAUAUAGGAAAAUACGUGAUUAUUUUUGCUGUUUUUGAGCAAUCGAAAUCCCGCAAUGGGGAGGGCUCUCGGGGCACGUCACUCAGGGCCGACACGAGCGUGCAGACCGCGUUUUCGAUUCGCCCAUUUUCAAAUUAGCGUCAGUUUGGACUAAAAUUUUCAAGGCUUUAAGCAUCGUGAACAAGCCAGAAGUGUACGUAAAAGGAACGGUUAGCAGCGUAGAUUAACGUUUUUUGUUCAAAAUUUGGAAACGUGUGACAGUUGAAGAGGUUUUGUUGCCCAAAGCUUGGCUAUUGUUUGGCGUUUCGUCAGCGGUGGCGUGAUUCGUCUUUGAGCUGUUUGCCGCGUAUACAAGUUCGUUUCUCCUUCGUUGUCGCACUGUAUUCGUUGUAUCUGUACAGAAUUUUGCCGUCAAAAGCUAUUUAAUUGUUGAAGUUGCUUUUUAGCUAAAAUACAACACGAUUGGAGUGAAUAGAAGUCUUGUAGAAGCUCGUGAAGUCGACAUUGUCGCUUCAUAAAUUUGGUCUGGGAAGAAGCUUCGCUUUGAAUGGGGUAUGUCGUCAUCUUUAAACGUUUUUAUGUCUAAAUCUCGCCAUAUACAUCUGUAUUUAUACGUAAAUUUUAGAAAAUAUACUAGAAGACAUUAUCACCUAGAAUAUUUUGCUAUUAUAGUAGUUAUUCUCAAAUAAAUGUUCGAGCAAGAAGCUCGAAGCGUAGGCACAAACGUGAAGCAAAGCCGCCAUAAGCGGGAAGCGUUCCUUCUUGCAUAAUCGGCUUCGCGUUUGGUGAUAAUGCUUCGGGCCGAUCUUUUUGAGAAAAGCUUACUAGAAUAGUCGAAUGUAAGCUUUUAUUUUAAUAUAUAACGUCUUCAAAGGGUAAUGUUUUUAGGGCUAAAAGAGCUAGAAAUUUUAGGUUUCUGUUUCAAGCGAAGCCGAAGCGAUGUAGUUGUUUUCUUGGGGACGAAGGGCAUGAGAUGGUCUAAUGACCUUGUGUUGCCUUUGUUUUUCGUAGGUAUUUUAUCUAAGCUGGCAUGGCCUUUUAGUCGACUCCCGAGGAGUAUUUUUUAAAUGAAAUAUUUGGUUUAACCAUGGUAAGCGCUCGUGAACUUGUGAGCAGUUUAAAAGGCACACUGCCGCCAUAUGUAUGUCCUGUGUGCGAAAAAGUAUACAAGAGUUGGUGUGGUAUAGAGUAUCACUUGCUUCGCUUUCCCCAUGAAGGCGUCGAGCGGCUUAGCACGACACGUACGCCUUCGUCGAAGCGAACUAAAACGAAAAGAGGCCGUGGCAGGACGAAAAACAAGCGAGCGAAGUCACCGCCACCUCAACCGUCCGUUGUUCGCGAAACACUCACGUAUGCCCAAGCACAGAAAAUGGUGGAAUUCGAUUUCGCCGGACAUCUGCAAAGACUAGAUAUCGGAGACUCGCUUGGUAUCUUAGAGGAACCCGUACACGACGAAAAUGGCGGACAAGACGAAACUGACGGCCAAACACCAAAAUCUACCUCGAAAACCAAAGCUAAAUCUAAGUCGAAAAAUAAGUCGAAAUCUGGCAACGAAGUCCAGCCUGCUGUAGUUGGCUUGCCCAAACCCGAUUUUCGGCUGGAUGACGAAUUCUGUGAACUUGAUGCCCCUUCCAGAUCCACUACAUAUUUCAGAUUCAUAGAACGGACAUCUGAAGAGCUCGAUGAAGAGGUUGAAUAUAGUGCGGACGACGAGGAUGCCAAGUGGUUGAAAGUUGUGAAUGAAAAACGAAAAACUGAGGGCCUUGCUACGGUUUCCCAAGAUGUAUUCGAGUUGCUCAUGGAUCGCUUGGAGAAGGAAAGCCACUUCGAAAGCCAGAAUACUUGUGAUCCGAACCAAUAUAUUGACGAGGAUGCAGUAUGCUGCAUCUGUAAUGACGGCGAGUGUGCAAACAGCAAUGUCAUACUGUUCUGCGACAUGUGUAACCUCGCCGUACAUCAAGAGUGCUAUGGGGUACCCUAUAUUCCCGAGGGACAGUGGCUCUGUCGGCGAUGCCUCAACUCACCUUCAAAGCCGGUAGAUUGCGUCUUGUGUCCGAACAAGACGGGAGCGUUUAAACAGACUGAUGACAACCGUUGGGCACACGUGGUUUGUGCACUUUGGAUCCCGGAGGUCUGCUUUGCGAAUACUGUAUUCCUAGAACCCAUCGACUCCCUUCAGAAUAUCCCUUCCGCUCGAUGGAAGUUGAGGUGUUACAUUUGCCGCAAGACCCAAGGCGCUUGUAUCCAGUGUUCGAAAACCAAUUGCUACACUGCGUUUCAUGUCACAUGCGCUCAGCAAGCAGGGUUGCAUUUGAAGAUUGAACCCACAAGGUCGGAUGGAGGUCAGCCUGCCGUGAAGAAGUCUGCGUUUUGUGACGUGCACAGCCCAGGUCUCAACAACCAGUCGGCAAACGGUAGCACCCGAGAAAGCGAGGAUGACGGCGACGAGAAAGUACUGCCGAGCAAAGCCACGCCAAUCAAUCAGAAGAUGCAAAAAGACCUCAAGGAGAUACGGAAACGAUUGUCCGAGAAGCAUCCAACUGUUCCUAUUGUCAAUAUUCCAUUUGUUCCAGCACACAGGUUAGUGUACAUUUUUGGGGGGGAAAAUUAUCACCUAGGAAGCCUCAAAUGAGCAGAGGGCAUGAGAAUUGCAUUGGCAAUAACACAAUCUUAGUUAGUUGUUCUUAAUUCUUUCCUAACACCAUCAUGUCUUCCAUAUAGUAAGUUAAAACAUAGUUGGAAUGCUCAUCAAAACUUUAUUUUGUUAGUGUCAAGCUUGACUACCAAAUCUCAUUAACUCUGAUCCUCAUUUGAACGAGGCUUUACUGAAGAGUAAUGUUGUUUACUUUGAAUAGUCUAUAUUAAUUCAUUCAAUCAACAUCCAUAUUAUCGUUUAUGAUUUUAAUUAAAUUCAGAUUUUUCUUAUCAUUCCAAGAUUAUACAAAGGUAUAAAUUUAUUUACAUUUAUACUUUUGUUUUGGCAAGAAAAAUCUGAAUUUAAUAUUACAAACAGAUUGAAGAAAUUCAAAAAUUAUCAUGAUUGUGUUUACAUAUUGCUGAUUAGUGUUUCUGCAGCAGGGUUUUCCCCUAAGUGAGUUAAUUAGUUUAUUGUUAUCUAAUAAAGUGGCUUUCAAUAAAAAAGUUUUCACUCAGUGCAUGACAACAUACUAAUGUCCUAGGUGUUGGUUAAUUAACUGGCUGUUGAUUGAGUGAUAAAAUUAUUUUCAUUAUAUCCGUACUGUACAUAGUAGUUUGGUAGUCUGUUAGCUUAAUUUAAUAAAAUUGAGAGAUUUACUUUGUUCUUAAAACACUUUUAAAUUAUUAAAACCACCAUCAGCUACCUUGUAAUACUUUAACUGGAGUUACACAAGCAACAAAAUUGCUGCAACUUGCAACAAAAUCUGAUUUCAAUGCAUGUUAAGUAGAAAUGUCGACACAUGUUGCCUUGUGAUUUGUAAUUUAUGUGUGAACAUUUUCAAUUAACAUGCGUUGAAAACCUUGUUUAUUACAAUGUAUACUUAAAAAGGACAUUGGCAAUAAAAGAUUAGUUUAGUUCAUUUGAAAGAACUCUUAAAACUAUAUAUUAAACUCUAUUACAGAUUUUUUAUAUCUUGCUUAGUUUUCAAAAUAUUUUGACUGAAAAAAGUGAGCUGUUCACCAUCUUGGAUGAUUGAGGAUAUGCAUGUUACGUCAAGAGAGGGGUCAUGCUAAUUUUUUUUCUUGAGAGCAAGCGAUCAAUAUGGGUCCAAAACUUCAUAUCUGGUUGCUGUCUGAAAUUUAGAAAUGAUUAAAAACAUUUCAAACAAUUUUGGAUUGUUACUCGGUCAUUUUAGAGUAGUUUAUAUGGUUAACCCAUCUCCUGACGUCAUGAAAACCAUAGUUAAUGAGGUCAAGAAUUAGUCCAAGAAGGCGGACAGCUCAUUAAUUUUGUUCUAAAUAUUUCGAGAACUAAGCACGAUAUGACAAAUCAGUAAUCGAGUUUAUAAAUAUAUAAUUUUAAGAGUUCUUUUGAAUGAGACAAACUAAUUUUUUUGUGCCAAUGCUCUUUAAUUUAAAAUUGAAUAUUGGAGUAGAUAGAUAAUCCAAGUGACAAUAUAUAGACACUUUUUUUAUACCUAACCAGGAAUGGUUGAAAAUAAAUUCAACACUACAGUAGGUCCUCUUGCAGAAUUUGAACGAUUCUGGGGCAGCACUCUAACGGCAGCACUCUAACUAACUGAGCUACAGAGGCCAGUUGGUGAGUAUUAGCCACAACUCCACAAGUUUAUGUAUUCAUGGAUUUUCAAGUGUGCGGAUUGUGAUAAGGUGGACUUGAAGGGUUUAUAUACUUGAAAGAUAUAUCUACUCCAAUAUUCAGUUUCAAGCAAGUGAAGUGCAAUACAAAUCUUUCAAGUUAUACUUAAAAUUCUUUACAAUUUACAAUUUCAAGUACUAUAAGAAGAACCAUUAUGUACAGUAUACUUAUCAAAUACUUUAUAACACCUUGUGUUUUCAGGAUAAGUAAAAUUGUCAGUCGUGUAGCAGUUCAGAAGAAAUCACAGUUCAUUCAAUGCCUGCAAGCAUACUGGAUGCUCAAACGACAAUCGCGAAACGGUGUGCCACUCUUGCGACGUCUCCAAGCCACUCAUCAAAAUCGAGCAAGUGGCCCUGAAGAUGUAAGCUAUUAAAAUUUUAACUAAAGUGUUUCUUUUUAUGUUAAAUUUUAAUUCCACCAUUCUGAAUGAGAACAUUGACACUCUGCUUUCCCCUUACUGCCCUAUGAUUACCUCUUGACAAGUAAAAUUGUCUGGAGCUAUGUUUUAAGUUAUAUGCAAUAUAUUAACUUACAUUUAUUUCAAAUCAUUGCAGCAACAAAGACGCGAAAGAAUAGCGGCGAUGAAGGAGCAACUGCACUUCUGGCAGAGAUUGAGACAUGAUUUGGAGAGAGCAAGGCUACUUGUGGAAUUGAUAAGGAAGAGAGAAAAGCUAAAGAGAGAACACGUAAGUCUGAUUUGAAUCUCCUGAGAAAAAAUAGAAAUAUAUCGAUAUACCACAACAGCCUAGUACGGAGGCUUACAAAUCCUUCAAAACUUAGAAUUCACCCAUGCAAAAUUCCUACUGUGAUCACAGAAACUUUGAUAAUGUAAACCAUCCUUUAUAACACUCAGUAAGUUUCUUCAAACAUUUCUUACAAAUCCUUCAAAACUUAGAAUUUACCCAUGCAAAAUUCCUACUGUGAUCACAGAAACUUUGAUAGUGUAAACCAUCCUUUAUAACACUCAGUAAGUUUCCUCAAACAUUUCUUACAAAUCCUUCAAAACUUAGAAUUUACCCAUGCAAAAUUCCUACUGUGAUCACAGAAACUUUGAUAAUGCAAACCAGACUUAAAUGUUUGAUCACAUGAGGCAAUAAGUUGCAGAGACUGGUCGCAGGGACCUUUUCACUGGGACUGAUUUUUAUCCUAGCGACAGAUCACAUGAAAUUUGAUUUCAUGCGACUUGUCACAGGGACAGAAAUCAGUCUCUGCGAUUUUCGCCUCGUGUGACCGAACCUUAAGUCUGUUCAUGCAUACUCAUUUGAAUCUUGAGGAUAAUUAAAAUAUUUUCUCUGUGCCAAUAUCACUUAUAGUUGAAGUCGCAUAUAAGUGUCGUGGACUUGAGAAUGAAGCCUCUGACGACGGUGUUGUCAAAGACAUUGACCCAACUACAAGCAAAAGAUCCUGGACAAAUCUUUCUGGAACCUGUCGAUACAGAUGAGGUUUGUAUUCUCUCCAUGGAAAAUCUGUAACCAGAUGAAAUCAAAGCAGAUCUAGAGGUCACCCUCUCUACUUCCCCUGGAAGAUCUGCAACCUCCCCCCCCCCCCUGCAUAUGUGGGCUAGCUUUCAUUCCAGCAUGUUGUGUCUGUCAUUGCUAGGUAUUAGACUACCUUGAUGUAAUCACAGAACCGAUGGACUUCAUGACGAUGAGGGAAAAAAUCGAUGGGAAUGUUUACAAAACGUUUGACGAAUUUGAGAAGGAUUUCAAUCUGAUUUGGAAAAACUGCAUGGCAUACAAUGGAGAGGACACGAUCUACUAUCGAGCAGCUGUACGCUUGAGAGACCAAGGCAAGACGCUAGUACGAAGUGCUCGAAGGAUGGUUGAAAGGACUGGCAUUGAUCCGGAGACAGGACUUCUAACGCCUGAUGUUCCAACUGUGAAGGACAGAGAACUCACACAGGAAGGUAUGGUCUGAAACUGAUUAAUUAACUAAUCUCUUUAAGAACCUUUGCCCGAGGACAAAUUGAUUUUGGAUGGAAAUUGCAUGAGAAAUUAGCAAAGCUUUCUGAAGAUAAUUUUGUGAUAAAAAGAAAUACAAAUUUAUUGGAAUUUUGCACUUGUUAGAUUUUAUUCUGACUGAGGAGCAACGUAAAGACAUGAGUCUGGAGGAACAGUUGAAGGACUUGAAUGAGAAAUUGGAGAUGACGCAAGCUAUCAAGUCUGGAAGUAAGUCUGGAAGUAUAUAGAGAUGUUCAAAUUUGACUUCCAGUAUGGCUCAGUACGAAUCUGAUUGGUUAAUCGGGUAGAUUAAACGCAUUUGAUUGGUUGAUGUAGUGGAAGUCAAAUUUGAGACUCUUUGUUGUCUAGUGUACAACAGAAUAUUUUGUGAACUAUCCAUAAAAUGAUUAUAUUACUAUCGCAAAAUGAGAUCCCAAGGGUUAGGUUUAAUUAAGGCGAGGAUUAUUAAGCAUAAGGUUAGGGCAAUAGCCAAUAGUAAAGAAAGUCUUUACCAAAUUGUUUUUUAAUUGAAGUCUAUUAAAGUUUCUUACAAAAAACUUCCAGGUGCUAGAGCUCAGCGAAAUCGUCAGAUCAGGAAAGAAGUUGCUUGUCUUCGCAGGAAAAUAAAUCUGCAGCAACGAGAGAGUAUCUCGGAACCUAGUGGUAAGGCAUGCUUGGUUUUGACAGUUGCAUGGAUUUCUGUAUGAGAAUUAGAAUUGAAUACUGUGAGGUCGUUGAUGUAUGUCUGCGUAUUUCAGAAGCCUCAGUCCAAGGUCGGAUUUUGGUGGAAAGAGUGGGGGGGGGAAUAUAGGGGAGGUGCAGCGGUCUAGCUCACGACCCCCAUGAGUUAGGGCUUAGAAUGGGCCAAAGUCAACGACGUGACGUAUGCAUGUAGUGUACAUAUGUAUCAGUGUAUUAAUGAAUUAUGACUGUACAACUCAUCCAACUCAUUACAAUUACUACAAAGUUUCUUUCGAAACAUUGCAUUAAAAGGGUACAUGACACAGAGAUGAAUGGCUAUCACUGUUUCAAUUUUACAGAAAAACUUUCUUACGAAGUGCAGACCCUAUAAGCAACCAAAAUUUUACUUUGAUCUAUCAUUGAAACAUUCCCAAGGGGAGAUGCAUGACUUUUCAGGAGAGGUGCAAAAAUUAUCAGGGGAGGUGCAAAACGAUCUCAGGGGAGGUGUGCACCUCCUCACACCUCCCAUCAAAAUCCGGCCAUGCCUCAGUCUCAGUAUUACUUAAAUAUUGAAGACUAAAAAGCAAUGUCAACAGUCGUAUGUCAAUACAAUAUGUAAAUCAAUCAGAGUCGUUGUCUUCAUCAUUCUCCGAUUUAUCAGGAGUCAAAUAGUGUCUCCAAAGAAAGUACAUGUGCAGACAACAUGAAAACUUUAGACUGCAGAAAAUUGCACAAGUGAUAAAGGAUAUGUGUGACAACUGAAUGGUAUCCUAGCCUUUUGUAGAAGUUUUCAACCAGGGGAAAACUUUUCUCUUCGGUGCCUCCCCCGCCCUAAAUAAUGACCGGUCCCUCCAAUUCUCCAAUUCAAAACUCCAAUUCAAAAUAUCCUUGAAUCAACUCAAACUCUUCAUUCCUUCUUGCAGUUGUCGACAGCGAAGAUGGUCUUUCUCCCGCCAAGAAACCGAAAUUAUCUCCCGAAACAACGCCCACCUCUCACGAGACUCCAAACCUUACGACCGCGUCGGAUAUGUCCGAGAUAAGCCUGGUGACGAACCCGAGGGACGCUGAGCGGGACGCUGAGCCUGUGGGGAAUGCAGCGUCAACGCCAAGCAUCACAAACCCGCGACCAGGUACAAACCGCCGUAGCGGGAUCUUGUUUAAUAAAAAUAAGUUCCGCGCUCGACAUAAUGUGCACAUGAAGAACAAUGAUAAGGACCUGGGGACAAAUUUAGGUCCACCUGUAUUUGAGAACGGUGACGUUCCGGAAGUACUCGGGAAAAACGGCGAUGUACGGCGAAAAUCGACGGCAAGCGAUUCGAAUGAUGAAAAUAACUGGAGUAAUCUCAAUCGAUUGGUGUACCCUGAGGACACACAAGGUAAUGAGGGAUAUCCGGGACGGAAGACAAGCCGCUUGAACAGUUAUCCCGAAGAUGUCCCCGAGGUCAAGGAGAUUCCCGCUGUUGAACCGCAUCGGAAUAACUUCAAAGAGAAUUCACGGCCGAAGCCGAGGCUUUCACGAAGUAAUACGAGCGGUUCCGAAGAUGCCACGGAGAAGAAGACGAAUGACCUCAUAGGGUUUGUGAAAAAGCGAGGUCGGAAGGCGCGAAGUAGAUGUAAUUCUGAAGAGGACAUAAAUACGACAGAUAGUGAAUGUAACGGGGGUGUUUAUUCCCCUAGGAAUUCUGACACUGAACCGGAUAUGUUGGAAUUUCUCGAACUGGUAUGGGCAAAGUGCCGGGGCUAUCCGUCAUAUCCUGCGCUGGUAAGUAUUGUUGUACGUUUAUUUAUUGGACAGUGCUUUCGAUCCGCGAGCCUGGAUCUUCACCAGUACUGAUACAAAACGUUUUUGUUUUUCAUAGAUAAUAAAUCCGAAAACGAAGCGAGGUUUCGUGCACAAAGGGGUUCCCAUUCCAGUGCCUCCUGACGAUGUCUUGAAAGAACGCAGACCAACCGAUGAGCAUUUGUACUUGGUUUUGUUCUUUGAUGCUCGCAGAACUUGGUAAGUAAGGCCUGAUUUACACUAUCAAAGUUAAUUUUAAUUUUUUAAUUUAAUUAACAACUUUAUUGGUGCCAUAAAUUACAUUAAAAUAAUUAGUACAACAUCAACUGGCCCAAAAGGGAAGGUGCGAACGAGACUAUAUAGUAGUCCCAUGCAAGGCACCUCCCUUCUCUAAUAAGUAAUAACAGAUAUUUAUAACUAUAUAUGUGUGAAAAGAAUGAAAGUAGAAAAACGUUCAAACAGGAGCGAAUGAUGAUUUGGAGAUCGAGCUAGUCAAUUCUCCUGGAGUGAUUAGUUAAGAUGACGCACGAAACAUGAUCAUCCGCUCCUAUUUGAACGUUUUACUUCUAAAUAAUUAGUUUACUCUAUGACCUAUGGCAAGAGCAGUCCCGCACUAGACUCCACGUGCACGUCAUGCCCACGUCAAAGGUUCACUUCAGCUCUAAACUAAAUAUGUUUUUAGCCAACGUUUUAAACAUUGAUAGGUUUCUGUGAUAACAGUAGGAAUUUUGCAUGGGUAGGUUGUAUGAAAUGUUUGAGGAAACGGACUCAUUGCUACACUAAAUUGUUGCUUGUUUAUGGUAUGCAUUCUGUUUUUGAUUGUCUAUUAGUAAAUCAGCUGAAAGCAACACUUCAUGAAUAACGAUCGUAUUCUAAAAGCUCACUCACACUCAAUGAGUGGAGGGUUCAAUCUGAGCUUCUCUUGAGUGUCAGUGCUAUUUUUGAAUAGCUGGAGGGUGAGUAGUCACCGAGUAAGGUAUGACACUAGCCCUCCAGCUAUUCAAAAACAUCGAGAGAAGCUCAGAUUGAACUUCCACUCAUUGAGUGUGAGUGAGCUUUUAGAAUACGGGCGUAAGCCUUCAAAAAACAUAAGGCUUAGAUUGCAAUCUUGAUCAAUCAAUCCUUACUGCAAUCAUUUCCUUUGAAUUUUGUUCACAAUUAAAUUAUUGUGUUUUGACUUGCUAGGCAAUGGCUACCCCGUCAAAAGUUAUCGCUUCUGGGACAGAACAACGGCGUGGACAACACGAAACUGUACGAGGGCAAGAAGCCGUCACUGCGCAAGUCCGUACAGCAAGCGUUCGCGCGCGCACUUGCGUACAAGCAGCAGAUCACGGCGCAACGAGAAGACGAGGAAGCGAACGGUUUCUUGGAGAAUAACGAUGAGGGUGGCGAAGGGGAGGAAGAAAUUGAGGGAGAAUGUUGAGAUAAUGUGUACAUACUAUGCCUGCCGAGUGGGUUCUGUUACGUUAGGGAAUACACGAGAAGGGAAUGUCGAUAUUUCGCACAUGGUUUUGACUGACCCGAUUUAAGCCCUGGUCGAAUGAGAGUUGAUGAGAAGCGAGAGUUUGCAUGAGAGUUUUCUCAACUCUCAUGUCCGGUCAAACGAGAACAAGAGUUGCAUGAGAGUUGACUUGAUAUUACCGCACGAUAGCGAAAACUCUUAUCAACUAUCAUUAAAAUUUGAACCAGCUCAAAGUGAAUGAGAGUUAUAUUGAGAGUCUAUGAGAGUUGGCAGUCAAACGCGAGCGAGAGUUGCAACUCUCAUCAACUUUCACCCUCGUCCGACCGCGACUUAAAGGCACAGUUCAUCCUUUUCAAUGAUGGGGUUUUUAAGGCGCAUUACAUUGAAAAAAAACCAACUAGGAAAAUCAAUUAAGUAUGUACUAGAUAAAACAUGAGCAGCUGAUCUUUAUCUGAUAUGAAAGAUGUCUGAUAUUUGUAUGUCAGAUAAAGAUCGGAUGCGAAUGUUUUAUCGUGCUUAUAACACGUCCCAUCUUAUGAGUUCAUUGGCGAAGAAAUUUUAAAAAUAAACAUUGUCUAAGCCGAGAAAAUCAAAGCUGAAGUUUAUGUAAAUCAGGACAAAUCUUUAUGCAAUUUUAUACAAACAUUAAUUAAACAUUCAUUUCUUUUGAAUUUUCUUCAUGAAUUAUUAAUGAGUUUAUAAGCAUAAUUCAAGAUCCCCGUGAACUCAAUGUUUUUUAACAUUAGAAAUGUUAAAAACAUUGAGAUCACUGAUCUUGAAUUAUGCUUAAUUGAUUCUCCUAGUUAGUUUUUUCAAUUAAAAGGGCUGUAAUGCGCCUUAAAAACCCAUCAUUCAAAAGGUUGAACUGUGCCUUUAAUACUAAAGACGGAUCAGCUAUUCGACAGAACUGUCUUUUUGUCCGUGUUCGUCCAAACAGAUCGUGCCUGUAGUGUGAAUCGGACCAUUCAUACAUUGAACCUUCCCAUGUGUUCCUGACUCGCGUCCAAAAUGCAUUCAUAUUUUUUACCAUUACUUGAUCUUCAACCGAGUGAGUGCAAUCUCUUAUUUUAUACAAGAAUUUGUAAUAUAUAAUGUAUAGCUGUAUAGAUAUAUCUAGAGUUGUGUGUGUUCACUACAUUUUCUCAGACAGAUUUUCCAUUGUUGGAAUAGAAAUACACAAUUUACAAGCUUC